AGACCUCACACUUCCUACUCGGAAUCUCACUUCAAGCCUCGUCCUCAGUCUUCCUUCUCUAUUGCUGAGACCUCUAUUGAGAUCGACCGCACGAACAAGCCAGCUCUAAGCUCUAUUGAUCGUAUUGAACGCGAAUACCGCGCUCGUGCCCAGCCUAACUACAUCAAAGAAGAAGGAAAGGAAAUUGGUGUUAUCGGUACUACCGUUGACGUCCCUAAGCCUCCUCGCUCCCACUUCUCUGAACAGACCCACGUAACUGGUUCUACCAUCGACCCACCCAAGCCUCUCCCCGUCUUCAAGGAAGAAGUUCGCGUAUCCGAGACAACUAUCGACCCACCUAGGCCCAGUUCCUCCUACCAAAAGGACAGCAAGAUCGUUGAGGAAACCACUACUGGGUAUCCUCGACACCGCCACACCCCCGCUAGCCAGAAGUCUAGAAUGGGAUAUUACGACGAAGCGGGUAAGUCCAUUUAACAUCGUUGCUUGCCGUCAACAUCAGUUCUAAUCAAGAUCAUAGGAAACUAUCAUUCAUUCCGACACAGUCUACACAAGAUGGCCGACCGAGUCUUCCACCCCGAGAGCGAGCGAGUUGAGAUCGUUCAAUCUCGCUCCUCUACCAAGGGUAACGGAGCCCCCUCCGUCCCUAACACCGUUACUAUCCCCUGCCACCAUGUCCGCAUGGGUGACAUCUUGAUGCUCCAGGGCCGCCCCUGCCAAGUCAUCCGCAUCUCUACUUCCUCUGCCACUGGCCAGCACCGCUACCUUGGUGUUGACCUCUUCACCAAGCAGCUUCACGAGGAGUCUUCUUUCGUCUCCAACCCUGCCCCCAGCGUUGUCGUUCAGACCAUGCUCGGCCCUGUCUUCAAGCAGUACCGUGUCCUCGACAUCCAGGAUGGCAGCAUCGUCGCCAUGACCGAGACCGGUGAUGUGAAGACUGGUCUCCCCGUCAUUGACCAGUCCAACCUCUGGUCUCGCCUUAACCAGGCCUUCAACGCCGGUCACGGCAGCGUUCGCGUGCUCGUUCUCAACGAUGGCGGCCGUGAGCUCGCUGUUGACAUGAAGGUGAUCCACGCCUCUAACCUGUAAGCGUGCGAUGUUCGCUGUAGGUUUAUGGGAUCAACUGUUGUGUCAAUUAGUGUCAUCAUAGCUGGAAACGAUUUCUUUUGCACAUGGUUAAUGAUGGAGUCGCGGUUGAUCUCUUAAAGAUUGCUUCACACAUCUUCCGCGAGUAAUUAGUAUAUGGAUUGGAAAAAUGGACGUUACGGAUUUUGGCAUGAGACAGUUGACGCAUGUUCUGUAUAUGGAUGGUAAUUGAAUGUCAAGCCUUAACGUACAA